ACGCGCCUGGAGGGGAGUGUGGAUCGCUUCGGUGUGAUUUUACUGGAAAGAUGAAACCCGAUGAAACGCCUAUGUUUGACCCAAGUCUGCCUGAAGAAGUGGACUGGAGUCAGAAUACAGCCACAUUUUCUCCAGCCAUUUCUCCAAAGAAUCCUGGAGAAGGCUUGGUUUUGAGGCCUCUUUGUACUGCAGACUUGAAUAAAGAAUCUUUUGAGCAUAUGAAGAAGUCUGGGGAUUACUAUGUUACAGUUGUGGAAGAUGUCACCCUAGGACAAAUUGUUGCAACAGCAACUCUGAUAAUAGAACAUAAAUUUAUCCAUUCAUGUGCUAAGAGAGGGAGAGUAGAAGACGUCGUUGUUAGUGAUGCAUGCAGAGGGAAGCAGCUCGGCAAACUGUUAUUAUCAACUCUGACUUUGCUAAGCAAGAAGCUGAACUGUUACAAGAUCACCCUUGAAUGUCUACCACAAAACGUUGGCUUCUACCAAAAGUUUGGUUAUACAGUGUCUGAAGAAAAUUACAUGUGUCGGAGGUACCUAAAGUAAAGAACACCGUGAAGAUAAUGCUCCAGGGCUUUUCCGUUCAUUUCUGUUGCUGCAGCCCAGUGAGCUCCAUUCCUUCUAGACUGGAAGCAACUGUAGUAGUGACACAAGAGCAUGCCUGUGGCUGCUGGGACUGCUCUGCGUUCAAGGAAUACAAAUGAUCAUAAAGGGGAUGAUUUUUAACCAAAGGAAUAUAUUUUCAACUUGAAUCUUUUCUUGCAUUGUAUUUUUCUAAAGUUUGUCUUCAUUUCUGAAGUAGUCAAGAGUAUGGGUAGUAAAGAGUUGUAUCUGCUCUGUGCUGCUCAUUUUUAAAUAUAUGUAUAUAUAUUGAAUAAGGCUUUUAUCACAUAAAAUUAUUUUUGCCUCAUA